CCGACGAAAAAUUCAUUUCUCGAGUGGUUUGCUCAGCGAGUGCACGUAAGAAGCUUCGAAAGUUAACAAAACAGUCCCUGCGAACAACGUUACUGCGUCUUAGAACACGAAACUCUUCAACACGAACGAAGUAGUGAGCACCCCUCGGUCAACCGCACAAAAGGAUCGAUAAAGUGUUUCAACCAUCCUCCGGGGAGUUCGCGCUAAAAUGUCGACGAUUCCCAACUUUGGUCGCGUCCUGGAGUGCCCGUACAAUCGGGCACACCAGAUCACGGAGGAGCGGAUGCAACGGCACCUGAUCAAAUGCAAAAAGCAGUACCCGAAGGUGAAAAUGCUGCUGUGUCCGUUCAAUUCUACGCACUACCUUGAGGCGGCGGAGUACAUGGCGCAUCUGCGUCUGUGCAGGGACAGGUCGCUCGUAGAAACGUUCCGGUACGUGGUGGAGCCCUCCGGAAACUCCGGGCAAUCGGUGCAGCGAGCGAAAGCCCCAUCACCCACUCCGCUGUGCCCCGACGAGGAAAACUGGGACGAUAUGGCAGCGCCAGCCUACAAUCCGACCAAGUACUGCAUCGAGAACAAAAUCAUACGUAAGGCAUUCCAUCUGACGCCGAGCGAGAAGCGAGACUUUUACGAGCAGGAACGCAUCCGCCAUAAAGAGCUGGAGAAGUUCGCGCACACGAACUAGGGAUUUUUGGGGGGGCUCCGUUAAACCUUUUUUCAUCUUUGCGCAUUGUCGAUGUUAGUACAUUUUAUGCCAGUUUUUCGUGUGCAAUCUCAGCGUGUAUUUAUCGCAAAUGUAACCGAAUUUAGACAACGAUAACGACGGCACCUUUUCAAACGAUAUAAAUAAAACGGUUUUUUUUACCUUUUGACACUA